CUCAGGUCAGGCUGGGUAUUAGUCAGCGGGUGUUGAGCAAUUGUGCAUCACUGCUGGUUAAUGGUUUUUUCCCUUUCCCCUUUUGGUUUUUAUACUCUCUCCCCUUCUUAUUUCCCUUAUCAUUAUUACUACUAUUAUUAAUGCUAGUAGUAGAAUAUUGUACUUUCAUUAUUGAACUGUUCUUAUCUCAACCCAUGGGUUUUACAUUGUUCCAAUUCCCCUUCCCAUCUCGCUCAGGGGUGAGCGAGCAGCUGCCUGGUGCUGAGUUACUAGCUGGGUUCAAACCACAACAUCCAGACAGAAUUCCUGCUAAAUUUGCCAAAGCUUACCAGCCAGCUGAUCUCCUGGGAAUGCCAAAAUCCCGUUCUGGGCUAGGGAAGACAACUGUGCAAGGUCCUGGGAAAUGGGACUCCUUGGAGGAGGAGUAAAAAUCACAGCAAAGCAGCUAACUUCUGAGAGAGUUAAAAAGGAGAUUCUGCUUUUCUUUUCACAGCCUGAUCAUAAACAAACAGGGGACAUCUGGUAUAGGGAAUAAAAAAUGGAUUUGUUUCCAAAAAUCCUUUUCCUGUUCCCUUUUUGGAGAAGUGUUUUUCUGGCCACGUGUUGUCCCAUGGAUGAUCCCUGGCCUCUCCUCAGGGUGUGAUUACAUCACUAACAGCAGCAAGAGCAGCCACACUGCUGCCUCCCACCAAACACCAUUUGGCUGUUCCCUCGUGCAAAGUGUUCCUAGUGGGAUCUGCUUGAUCUCUGUGGAAGGAGAGCCAGAGGGGUUGCAUUUAAGAUAUGCUGGUCCCCAAAGUGUCCUGCUCUUCCCCAGGCCCUUUUCUUCUUCUCUGCUUGCAAGGAGGCCCCUCCAGAGAGAUUCCUGUCUGGAAAGCCUGUGCCUGCGAUGGAAAAGAAGGCACUCUCAUCCCCUUCUGCUCACCAGCAGCACAAGAACUUUGAAGGAGAAAGAAAAUGUGGAAAAACUGAACAGAAAUGUAACUCUUGAGUGUUUGAAGUUCAGGGAGACUCAAGGGUGUCCCAGGUCCCUGCAGAACCUGCUUUCAUGGCUUUGAGCAGAUACGAUCUCCUGUCCCCAUGUGCACAUGAUGAUCCUUUGGCAGGACUUUUAUCUGAUGAGGAGCAGGAUGCUCCCAAAAAGCCAGCUCCAGCAGACACUAAAAGCAGCUCUGAGAAGGACACAGAACAGAGCAAAGAGAAAGAGCCACCCCAGAUGCCCCUGCACACCGUGGCCCCAGUCCAGAGGAGGGACCUCAUGUUUGAAGAUGAUGGUGAUGACCUGAUGGAUGCACUGGGAUUUGGGAGUGGCCCAAAAGGAGAUCAGAAAGAGGAGCUCUGGCCAGCCCGCUCCAUGAUGGAUGAAUUGGUGGGACAAGGUGCCAUGGACAAAAUCCUGAAACAGCCAGGCAAGGGAGAGCACAGGGAGUUCAAACUGGAUAAGAAAUACCAAAACCAGCCAGAGAAGGAAGAUGGAUGGGACAAGGAGGAUUUUGACUUUGGAGCGUACCGGCCCACGAUGGCCUCCACGCCCAAUGGCCAGCUAGGGAGGAGGCAAUCUGUGAGCAGGUUUUCUGCUGAGACCAGCAGCGAAGCAAAACCAGAGCCCUGCCACAAACCUCCUCCAGCCAGCCAGAACCCUCUGUGCACCAGCAGGAAUAGAGGCGACUGGCUGGGUUUGAAAGAUGAGGCUUUUAUGGGUUCAGAGCUGUCGUCCCCAGUGAAGACCAGUCCGGCAGUGAGCCACCCCAGCUCUGCCACAGCCAGGCAGCACCGCUCCACCAGCCAGCUCCUGGCAGCAGAGAAGGCAGCGCCUCAACCCGACCUGCCAGAGGAGGAGCAGGACUGGCUGAUGGCCCUGUUGGCUCACAAGAAAGCCCAAGCACAGGCAAAGACCCGGGAGAGAAAUGUCAAGCUCUCAGAAGCCCCAAGUAAAGCGCUGGAUCCCCAGUCUCCUGUCAGGCAGCCGGUCUCCUGGCUCAGCACCACAAAACAAGGCUCAACUCACCCACUGGAGUCUGUGCAGGGGGAUCCCUCCGGAGAUGCAAGCGCCCUGGUCCCCACAGCCGCGAUCUCACAAGAGCAGAAGAUGCCGGGCCCUGCCAUGCUCACUCAGGCAGAGUCUGCAGCCCCAGGCUUGCUGCAUGAGAGGAGGCUGGGGGCUCCCACAUCCCACCUGUACAAGGAUGCGUCAGGCUAUCAUGCAGAGCUGCUCAGGGCCCAGGCCCAUGUGGCAGAGCUGGAGAGCCAGGUCCAGAUGCUGGAGAUGGAGCGGACUCAGUACAAACUGAUGCUGGAGAGUCUCCAGCAGCGGCACCAGGCAGACCUGGAUCAUCUCGAGAGCACCUACAGGAGCCGGAUGAAGAUGCUGGAGGACACUUAUGGGCAGCAGGAGGAGAGGCUGCGGAGGAAGAAGGAGCUGCUGGUGGCUCAGCUUGUGUCGCAGAGCCAGGAUGCGGCAAAAGCGCAGGCAGAGCUGGUGGCACAGCAUGAGGAACGUGUGGCUGCGCUGGAGCAGCAGAGAAUGCAGGACCUGGAGCGGGUGCGAGAGCUGCAGAGGACAUCAGUCCAGGAAAUGCGCAAAGACUACGAAGAGCAGCUCCAGCGGCUGAAGCGGCUGAAAGACCUGGAGAUCGAUGCAGUGACCAGUGCCACCUCACACACCAGGUCUUUGAAUGGUAUCAUCGAGCAGAUGGAGAAGUUCUCCAGUGACCUGCAUGACCUCUCACACAAGGUGGAGGCCACGCACCAAACCACAUCCCAGGAACUGGCACAGCAGCGGGACAAGCAGCUCAAAGUGCUUGAGGACAGGCUGUCGCAGCAGCAGAAGGACAUGGAGGAGGAGCGGAGCCGACUCCAGGAGGUGAUCACUAGAAUGGAGUCCAGGCUGAGCGAGCAGAGUAGGCUGCUGGAGCAGGAGCGAUCGAGGUUGGUGGCAGAGCAAUCCAAAGUGGAAUUGCUGCAGCACUCACUGGAGGAGCAGCGGCGAGGCAUGACCCAGCAGCUCUCCAUGGAGCGAGCAGAGCUGGAGAGGGAGAAGAGUGCAUUGCUGGAGGAGCGACAGAAGCUGGAGCGCGACAUGGACCGAACCCUGCAGAUGGCCUCCCAGAGAGAGAGCUCCAUCAUGAGCCUGGCCAAGGAGCAGGCAGAGCUGAAGAUCCGGAGCCAUGAGCUGAAAGCAAAAGAGAAUCACUUGUUGAGGGGCAGGGAGCUGCUUGAAGAGGCCUGGCAGGAGCUGAGGCAUGAGAAGGAGAAGGUGAACAGGGCCACGCUGCGCAUCCAGCACCAGGAGGAGGAGAUUAAAAGCAUGACCAAUCUCUCAUCCCAGAAGUAUGAGGAAGGGGAGCGAGCCCUGCGGGAGGCACGCAGGGUAGAAUCUGAGCACCAGAGCAGGCUGCAGGUCAUGCAGCAGCACUUGGAGCAGCUAAAGCAGCAGGAACAGCGUCUGCACCAGGCAAAUACCCCCACACCUUGCCUUCUUGGCUUGGUGCUGCCAUGCCAGGGGCCUGGACCUUUGCCAACAACUUCUUUCUUGGGGAUGGGGCAGGAGCGGCUGAGCAUGGCUCGCCAGAGGAGACAGCUUGAACAGCUACGAGAGGUGCUGCCCAGGAACCCCAUGACACUGCGGACUACGGGCGAGGACCUCAGUGCCCCUAUAAGAGGCCUUUCUGCCACGCUGCCAGAGGCACUACGCAAUGUUCCAGGCUUUCUGCCUCCCAUACGGGAAGCCCUGUCCAUGGCCAGCCCCACUGAAUUCUACAUAAAACUGCUGCUGCUGAACUACAGGGCCCAGCAGGACCACCGUUUCUUAGAGGAUGAGCAGUUCUUCCUGGACAGCUUGAAGAAAGCGCCCUACAACACUUGAACCCUGUCAUUCUGAGGAGGUGGCAGCCCUACACACUACCCUAUGAAUGCCUGUGGCCGUCCUUGGAGGAGGCCACCAUGCCUUCUGCAUGGGGCUGGGGACGACAAACAUGAAAUAAUCCCAGUUUUCAUGGAGGAACUGCCCUUUUCUUUAAAAACAGUCUUGACAUGUU